AUGCGCGCCGCCUUUGGCAUGCGCGUCGUCGCCUGGAGCGCCAACCUGACCCAGGACGCCGCCGACGCGCGCGCCGCCGAGGCCGGCCUCCCCGCCGAGGACCCCUCUUCCCCGGGGCAAAAGACGUUCCGGGUCGUGACGAGGGAGGAGCUGUUCGCCACGGCCGACGUGCUCAGCGUCCACGUCGUGCUCUCGGUCCGCACCAGGGGCCUGGUGGGCGCCGACGACCUGGCGCGCAUGAAGCCGACGGCGCUACUGGUCAACACGGCCCGCGGGCCCGUGGUUCAGGAGAGCGCGCUGCUCGACGCGCUCGGCAGGGGCGCCAUCCGCGGCGCCGCCCUCGACGUCUUCGACCUCGAGCCGCUGCCCCUCGACAGCCCCUGGCGCACGACCGAGUGGGGGAGAGGCGGGCGCAGCCAGGUCCUGCUGACGCCGCACAUGGGCUACGUCGAGAAGCAGACGCUGGACGACUGGUAUGCGGUUCAGGUCGAGAACAUCCGGCGCUGGCAGAAGGGGCAGCAGGAUCGGCAGCGGUCAAACCGCCAUCAUCCUCAUCCCCGACCAACGGAGGAGGCGCAGGCGGAGCAGGAGUCGGAGAGGGAGCAGCGCGACCGCUAUCUGGCCCCCGAGGCGCUGGAUGUUCUCGAAGUUCUUAAAGCGCCCGAAGCGGGGCCUGGGGAGAAGCGGCAGCUUUGCCGCCCGAGCCCUUGGGCCGACCGCGCUUCUUGGUAA